AUGGCCUUUAGCGGUAGCAAUAGUAGAAUCGGUGUCAGCAGCAGUAGUAGCAGCAGCUUACCAGUAUGGGAUAAAUGCACAACAGUAUUGUUGUUGCCACGAGCGCGGCUCAUCACCCUAUGGCUGGCAUUCAAUUUAGCGCUGAUCGUGCAGGAGCCAAUGAAGAAAAUCGCCUCAGUCGACGCCGCGACUGGUGGAGGCAGCAUGUUGGGUGAUGUUAACAUAUCCGCUAUUCUCGAUUCAUUUAGCGUUAGCUACGACAAAAGAGUAAGACCUAACUAUGGAGGACCUCCCGUUGAAGUUGGAGUCACCAUGUAUGUGCUAUCGAUCAGCUCGCUGUCUGAAGUUAAAAUGGACUUUACAUUGGACUUUUACUUUCGUCAAUUUUGGACCGAUCCUCGUUUAGCGUAUAGAAAACGGCCUGGUGUAGAAACACUAUCGGUUGGAUCUGAGUUCAUAAAAAAUAUUUGGGUACCUGACACCUUUUUUGUAAAUGAAAAACAAUCAUAUUUUCAUAUUGCAACAACAAGUAAUGAAUUCAUACGUGUUCAUCAUUCUGGAUCAAUAACACGAAGUAUUAGGUUAACUAUUACCGCGUCAUGCCCAAUGAAUCUUCAGUAUUUUCCUAUGGAUCGGCAAUUGUGUCACAUAGAAAUCGAAAGCUUCGGCUAUACAAUGCGUGACAUUCGUUAUAAGUGGAAUGAAGGUCCAAACUCGGUUGGUGUUUCGAAUGAGGUAUCUCUGCCCCAAUUUAAGGUCUUGGGUCAUCGUCAGAGGGCUAUGGAAAUCAGUCUUACAACAGGAAAUUACUCACGACUCGCCUGUGAGAUACAAUUCGUGCGCUCGAUGGGCUACUAUCUCAUACAAAUUUAUAUACCCUCUGGACUGAUCGUUAUUAUAUCAUGGGUAUCAUUUUGGCUCAAUCGUAAUGCCACACCGGCACGUGUGGCGCUCGGUGUUACCACCGUGUUGACAAUGACCACACUGAUGUCGUCAACAAAUGCAGCAUUGCCAAAGAUUUCAUAUGUCAAAUCGAUUGACGUGUAUUUAGGAACAUGCUUCGUUAUGGUCUUUGCCAGUCUUUUGGAAUACGCCACCGUCGGCUAUAUGGCAAAACGAAUUCAAAUGCGAAAACAAAGAUUUAUGGCGAUCCAAAAGAUAGCUGAGCAAAAAAAGCAGCAACUGGAUGGGGUGCAACCACAACCCAAUCCCAAUCCGAGUGCAGGCGAUCAUGGACAUGGGCAUGGUCAUGGCCAUAGCCAUGGUCAUCCUCAUGCGCCUAAACAAACAGUGAGUAACCGACCAAUUGGCUUUUCAAAUAUGCAACAAAACGUUGGUUCGCGCGGUUGCUCGAUAGUGGGACCCUUGUUCCAGGAGGUGAGAUUCAAGGUGCACGAUCCGAAGGCCCAUUCCAAAGGUGGCACGCUCGAGAAUACUGUGAACGGUGGACGUGGCGGACCGCCAGUAGGACCACCCGGCCCCGGACCCCAAGGCGGUGGUGGAGGAGGCGGCGGUGGCGGCGGCGCAGGUGGAGCGCCCGAAGGUGGGGACGCCGAAGCGGCAGUACCAUCCCAUUUAUUACACCCGGGAAAGGUAAAAAAAGAUAUCAACAAGCUGUUAGGCAUAACGCCAUCAGACAUUGACAAAUAUUCGCGUAUAGUGUUUCCCGUGUGUUUCGUUUGCUUCAAUCUGAUGUACUGGAUCAUCUACUUGCACGUAAGCGAUGUGGUUGCCGAUGAUCUGGUAUUACUGGGCGAGGAGAAGUAAAGCAAGCGGCAGAAUGUGAAGCAGAGGACGCAGUGUGUCACGCUAGGCGUGUCGCAGGUUGCAUUAAGCCAAAACGAUGACUGGACGAGCAACGGGAGUACAGA